UUUCGUAUAGAAACCUCGUGCUUUGUCUUCGAGCCCCACGCCAUUUUAUAUUGUACAACAGGUUUGACUCUCGUGUUCCUAUCCUCCCCACAUGGCCUGACGUAAAGAUGGAAUAUAUGUCCGCUCCACUCGACUCGAUUUAAUGUCACUAGUGUCCAAUCGGCGGACUCGGUAAUCAUUGAUUGAGAUAACUGUGGUUACAUCUAUUGCUGCGUUUGUUACAACGGUUCUCAUAGUGUAACAAGAGAACGGGUGGUAGAAACGACUGUUUUCUUUUUCGGGAAGCGGUGUGUACAGCGGUUAUAUUAAUAGAAUACUCCGAGUCAUGGGCAGUCGAGCUGCCGUCGGCGGGCAAGGAAUCUUCCGAGUCACUUUCCAUAACUAUCCCUUUCUUUGUUUUCUAAUAACAUUCAUAACCCAUGUUAAUGCAUCCUGGGAUCGAAUACUUGAAGGGUAUUUCUGACAUAAUCGGGUAUCUGGAGGCCAUUAUGUUCUGCUUCCUCUUUAUCCGCCUCCCUAUAAAGCGCUUCAUGGAGGCAUCAGCCCAAGCGAAACAGACAGAUUGAAACAAACAGCGACGGGGCGAAAAAGAAAUAGUUUCUUCUCCCUUCCCCAAGAAAAUCGAGGAGAUGGAGACAAGAUCUAUUCGGGUUGGCAACAUCUCAGAUCUAGCGGAAGAGAGGGAGAUCCGGGAGUUCUUUUCCUUUUCCGGCGACAUCGAACACAUCGAGAUCCGAGGAAAUGUCGGCAGCGGGAGGAUCGCGUUUGUUACAUUUAAGGAUCCAAAAGCACUCGAGAUUGCUUUAUUGCUAUCGGGGGCUACUAUAGUUGACCAGAUAGUAAGUAUAACUCCUGCUGAGGAUUGCAUUACAAGAAGUGAAGAGCAAGUUAUGGCAGACAAUGUGACAAUUGAGGCUCGUGUCAGUAUCUAUUCUCCAACUGUUGAGGGUAAAAGUAGUCCUGGUGAUGGACAGGUUCAUGUCAGUAAAGCUCAUGAUGUUGUAGCAGCAAUGAUAGCAAAGGGUUCAGCAUUUAGACAAGAUGCUAUCAGUAAAGCUAAAGCAUUUGAUGAGAAGCAUCAGCUGAUGGCCAAAGCAUCAGCAAAAGUUAGUUCUUUUGAUAAACGGGUUGGCUUUAAAGAAAAAAUAACAGUUGGAAUUUCUGUUGUGAAUGAGAAGGUGAAAUCAGUCGAUCAAAAGCUACAUGUGUCUAAUAAGACGAUGGCUGCCCUUACAGUAGCAGAGCAAAAGCUGAAUGAUACGGGCACAGCUGUCAAGACAAACAGGUAUGUAACUGCUGGAACAGCGUGGUUCCAUGGAGCCUUUGGCAAGAUGGCAAAAGCUGGUCAUGUUGCAAGGACAAAAACACGAGAGAAGUUCCAAUUAGCAGUGACAAAUUUAACAGCCAAGGAUCCAGUUGUAGCUGCAUAAACCAGUUCAUUUUAGGUGGUUUAGAUCAGUUCACUACAAGAAACAGCAAAGCAGUCAGCUGAUUAUGCUAUGACAGCCAUACCUAGAAGCAUGUUGGCACAAGAUUGAUGCUAUUUUUUUGCGGAUCAUCUCAUAGCAUCGAUUUGCACGGUGUAUUUUUCUUUCUUUCUCAAUCCUUUUUCUUAAAUUUUAAUUCACUAUAUACAGCGUGCUCCUAUCUCCAGGUUUUGAGUGAUAAGUUGCUUGCCGCUUGUCUGCUAAGAGAGAUGUAAUUUUUGUACGGCACAAAAUUUGUGGAAGCAUUUUGUUGCAUGGUUACCAGUUA